UGAACGGUCUUCCAAUUCGGGAACUCGGGCCUCUUUCUAGAGCUCCUACUUUCUGACCUGAAGAUCACUGACGUCAUCAUUUGUUCAUGUAUUUUCCGAGUUCCCAGUUGUUUUGAAUGCGGCAUAAAGUACUGAUAUUAUGCAGACGUCAACUACAAGAAUACCGCUACUCUCGCGAUGUCUCGUAAUUAAGGCGUUCAGUCGCAGUAACGUAAAUCGAAUAUUGUCGGUGCACAGCUGGCAGGCUUGGCAGCCUUCUCCACACCGUUUACCUAGAAACAACAACAUGACAAGGGGGAAUCAGCGUGACCUUGCUCGUGCUAGAAAUGCCAAAAAACAAGGGAAUGACAAGGGAAAGAAGGCUGAUGAUGGCAUGUCUGCAGCUGCGAGGAAGCUGAGGGAUGCAGAGAUAAUGCAACAGAAGCAGAAAAAAGCCAAUGACCCUAAGCCGGCCGACGAGAAAGCCAAAUAGCAGGAUACAGAGCCUAAUCACAACUAUUCUCAGAUGUUACCCAUUAUUGAAAGAUGACCAGGUCUUGCUUUUGUCCCAUAAUCUGGGGUUUAGAACCAGUUUGUAAUAUUUUGUGGUGGUGGUACAGUAUAGUUUGGGAAAUGAAUAAGGACUAAUGCGUAUGCCUAUUCCAAUACACAGGUCGAAUGUUAAUCAGUAUUUACAAUGUAAAGAGCAGGAAUUUCAAACUCCACUACUUGGAAUUACAAAAAAGCUUGUAUUUUUGUAUUUCCUCAUCUAGAUUGUUACACAACUAGUGGUUUAUGGUUUCUAUACCAUGUUUAUUGCUUUUAUAUUGAGGAUGAACAUAUGCAGUGCUGUAAGAUUAAUCAAAUAAACUAAUGAAAGAUUCAAUCUGGGGAAUUUUAAUCUAACAAAUUAUACCACACACCUCUGUACAGAAAGUUUAUUCAAUUAAAACAAAUAAAAUCAGCUGACAUAAAUACUGAAA